AUGUCGACCUUUGGCCAAUACUUUAAGGUUACCACCUAUGGCGAAUCGCAUUGUCGCUCCGUUGGCUGCAUCGUUGACGGUGUACCCCCUGGAAUGGUCCUCACCGAAGACGAUAUCCAGCCACAGAUGACACGCCGUCGCCCUGGACAAAGUGCUCUCACCACUCCUCGGAAUGAAAUGGACACGGUUGAAAUCCAAUCCGGCACCGAAUUUGGCGUUACGCUGGGUACCCCAAUCGCCAUGAUCGUCCGUAACAAAGACCAACGCCCCAAAGACUAUGGUAACUCGACGAUGGACUUAUACCCUAGACCGAGUCAUGCAGAUUGGACCUACCUCGAAAAAUACGGUAUCAAGGCAAGCAGUGGCGGUGGACGGAGCAGUGCGCGGGAGACAAUUGGACGGGUAGCUGCUUCUGCCAUCGCCGAGAAGUAUCUGAAGCUUGCGCAUGGGAUUGAGAUUGUUGCUUUCGUUUCGUCUGUUGGAAACAAGCACAUGUUCCCUCCGUCUGUCGAGCACCCAACGCCUGCGACGAAUCCUGCCUUCCUGUCACUGAUCGCUUCUAUCACUCGUGAGCGAGUCGACGAGUUCGUGCCAGUCCGUUGCCCAGAUACCACAGCUGCCAAGGUCAUGGAAGAUGAGAUUGCAGAUUUCAGAGAUAGGGAUGACAGCAUCGGGGGAACGGUCACCUGCGUGAUUAGAAAUGUUCCCAGUGGACUGGGAGAGCCAUGCUUCGACAAAAUGGAGGCUAUGCUUGCACACGCCAUGUUGAGCAUCCCUGCUUCCAAAGGCUUCGAAGUCGGUUCCGGAUUUGGGGGCUGCGAAGUUGCGGGCUCGAGACAUAACGAUCCAUUUAUCGUUGCUCCAGUUGUCCCUGCUAUGGAGACUGGUGCUUCCAAAAAUGGGAUCCCUAGACCGAGACUUACUACCAAGACCAACAACUCGGGUGGUAUUCAAGGAGGAAUCACUAACGGUGCACCGAUUUACUUCCGAGUUGCCUUCAAGCCCCCCGCAACCAUCGGGCAAGCGCAGAAUACAGUGACGUAUAGCGGUGAUGAGGGUGGAGUUCUAGAGGCCAAAGGGCGGCACGAUCCUUGUGUUGUUCCUCGCGCUGUACCGAUUGUCGAGGCUAUGGCUGCAUUAGUUAUCGUGGAUUCGCUCAUGGCUCAACAGUCGAGACAAGUUACUAGAAGCCUGCUGCCUCCGCUAAAGCAGACGAUUCCGGCAGCAUAG